CUGGUACAUCGUCAAGAGUUCAAAAAUUUAAAAAAAAAACCUGAAUCAUGUUUCUUAAAAUUGCAAUAAUCGCAUUCGCUGUAUUGAAUACUGCAUCAGCAGGGGAUGACGUGUGGACCGGUUUCGUGGCUUCCUGGGCCUUGAACGCUUCCACCCAUUUCUACAAACUCCCUCAGACAUUGGAAUCAGCUCAAAGCCAAGGAUGGACCAACAUCUCGGAUGUCGAACAACCAGAUGGAGUUACAACCCUCGGCUACGAAAAUGACUUUAAAUUCGCGAUCCUCUAUUCGAUCGAAAACGGUUCAGCAAUCGGAGUUCAAGUUGCUAUUCCGGCAGCGGACGUUGAUAGUUCAGGUCAACCAAUGGAAUAUGCCAACAUCUCAACCAUAACGACGAAGGUGCUAGAGGGGAUCAAAUGUUACACGGCAACUGCGUAUUUCCACAUCGAUGAGAUCUCCGGUGCUCGCGAACUUUGGUUCCGCGAAAAUGACGGAAUGCUCAAAAUGCCGACAAACACUUCUCUGAUCACUUCAGAAACCGGCUACUAUAACGGACAUUGCGUAUCAACCAUGGGAAAUCACUACUGCCCCAUGACUACGACGUCCAAAUGCUCUGACUUGAACCCGUGGUUCAUUCUAAACGUGGGAGAGAACGUAAUCGGCUUCGGCUUUCAGGGUUUCGGAAGCAUAACUUCUUCGCCGACACGAACUUGGUUUGAAACUCUUUCAAGUGCGGAUAUAAUGCUGGCUGUCGCUGAUCCACCUGCCUGUGCGAUCGAUGCAAUAGAUGCCUACGGAAUAAUUUCUCUGCAUGUAUGGUUGGUCGAUAACCCCAAAAACAUUACAUGCAGCUAA